AGGCAGCUACGAACAAGGCUCGCAAGCUCCUAGCGACAGUGGAGUGCUUUAAAGAGUGGAAUGAGGAGAAAACAGAUGCAGUGGCGCGCCAUGUUGGUAGCCAUGGGCUGGAGCUCGAGAGCAAGCAGGGCCAUGAGUUCUGUGUCAAGGUCAAGGACCUCGACGCAGCGAGAAGUUUUGUUCGCCGGGCACAAGCCGUGUGCAGCCCGUGUGUCGACCAGUGACAGAACCCUUGACAUGGCCAAGUUCCAGGUUUCGAUAACCAAGAACGAGCCCCACCGCCACGUGCACGUCCAUGUGCAUAUCCAUCUCGACUUGAUGGAUUUCGCAUUGAAAUUCUUGACGUGGCUUUGCCAGUUCGUGUACGAUCAGCUGAAAUAAAUUAAA